AACGCAAUCCUUUUUUUUUUUUUCUUUCUAUUUUCUUCCAUUUCUUUAAUUCUCUCAAAAAGAUGUGUAUGAUUCACGAGGCACUCUCCGCUAACUGUGGCGCUAAAUCGCUCAUUGAUCUUUCUUUUUUUAGAUUUUCGAGGCCGCGUUUUUUGGUGCAAUAAUCUCUGCCCCACCCUUUUGUUCGUCUUUUUCUCGUUAGAUUUCUGGUUUCCUUUUUUUUUCUUUCGGUGGGGCAGGGAGUUUUGCGCCGGUUGUUUUCAUUCUGUGAGGGUUUUCUUCUCUUAAUCUCUCCGAUUUGGAGGGGAGGAGGAGGAGAAGACGAUGAAUCUCUUUUUGUUUCUGUGAUUUUUCUUUCAGCUUCGCGGCAUGGGUAUGAUUAGGGUUGUUUUGUUGUUUUAAGAAAUGACGAGGGCGAUUGUGGCUCCUUAAUCUUUUGAUUUGUGUUCGGCGAUAUGGGUUGCUUUUCUUGUAUUAAUCCUCGUACUAAAGAUGGAAGCAGGGUGGAAAUUGAUAGUUCUGUGCGAUUUGAAUCCCGGAAUUCUGUUAAUUCCUCAGGUUCGAAGGGGAAAGAAGAUCAGGUCAUCACUGAAAGCUGUUCGAAGGGGGGCGUAGCUGCUCGUAGUUUCACGUUUCGUGAACUCGCCACAGCUACGAGAGGUUUCAAGGAAGUGAAUUUGCUUGGAGAGGGUGGUUUUGGACGCGUCUAUAAAGGACGUUUGGAGUCGGGACAGAUUGUUGCAGUUAAACAGCUUAAUCGUGAUGGCCUUCAAGGCUUUCAGGAGUUCAUUGUGGAGGUUCUCAUGUUGAGCCUGUUGCACCAUGCCAAUCUUGUCACCUUGAUUGGUUACUGUACUGAUGGAGAUCAAAGGCUUUUGGUCUAUGAGUACAUGCCUAUGGGAAGCCUGGAAGGUCAUCUUUUUGAUUUGAAUUCUGACAAAAAGCCACUGAGUUGGAAUACAAGGAUCAAGAUUGCAGUCGCUGCUGCCCGAGGCCUCGAGUAUCUCCACUGUAAAGCAAAUCCCCCAGUCAUAUACCGUGACUUGAAGUCGGCUAAUAUCUUAUUGGACAAUGAUUUCAAUCCUAAGCUUUCAGAUUUCGGGCUAGCUAAAUUGGGACCUGUUGGUGACAAUACUCACGUUUCGACGAGAGUAAUGGGAACGUAUGGAUAUUGUGCUCCAGAGUAUGCCAUGAGCGGCAAAUUAACCCUUAAAUCCGAUAUUUACAGCUUUGGUGUGGUUAUGCUCGAGCUUAUUACGGGGCGCAGGGUUAUUGAUUCUAAAAGGAAACCAGGGGAACAGAACCUAGUUGUUUGGUCCCGUCCUUUACUUAAGGAUCGCAGAAAGUUCGUGCAAUUAGUCGAUCCCCUGUUGGAAGGACACUUCCCACUUCGUUGUUUGCAACACGCCGUUGCGAUUACUGCAAUGUGUCUUCAGGAACAGCCGUCGUUUCGCCCUCUUAUUAGUGAUAUUGUCGUAGCUCUCGAGUAUUUGGUUUCUCAGAGUUAUUUACAAGAACUACGCCAUGUUAAGAUUCUCGGUUCAUCACAAUUAUCACCUUCACAACAUAAUGAAGACAUCAAUGCCCAAGAAUCAGGGAUUCCCUGAAAUCCCUAAACUUCUGUUUGGAGAUUGCUGUACAGAAGCUGCCGAAAAAGCCACAGAGAAUUUUUAGGGGGCGGGUCACUACUCAACUGUGUCUUGAUUGUUAAAAUUCGUGUAGAUUUUAAGAACGGGAAACCAGAAACGAGUUAACCGCUUGAAUUCAAACUUCGAGAGGUGCCUAGACAUGUCGUGAAACGUGUAAGAUAAAAGCAAUGUGAAGCAUAUGUUAUAUUUAUUGUAAUAUAUUCCGAUUCAAAGGAUAGGUAUAUAACCUGUACAAAGCUACGUACAAGUAUUUGAUUCGAUUCGAUUUGAAGGAGAAGGAACGUCGUGAAUGAACAUGUUUGACGCCUACGUCGGCAGAAAGAAUCUCAGUUAAAGGUACGUAUCGAUUUUCUGCUGUGUUUUUAAAUUCGUAUAAGCUCAGUUCAGCUCGAUGACCGCGAAAGCUACUUGGGACAUUCCAAGGUACAUAUCAUUGUCUUUGCUCGGAUGUAUUUGUAGAUGAAUAAUACUCGUAAUUGGAAACCAUAUGUGUAGUUUUGUAAGAGGAUCCCUGAAUCUCUUUUUUCUUUGCAAUACAUUACCACCUCUCUUUUCUAUAUUGGAAAAUGUGAGUUAUGAUAUGAAUAAUACAAGCAUCUUGCCUCUUGCAACA